CGGCCUCUGCCAGGGUCGGGCUGGGGCGGAGCUCUGGCCUCGGAACUCCGGAUCCCUGCCCCCGCCAGCCACUCCGCUGCGAACCUCAGGGCAGCAACCCUCAACCCAUCGCCCCCGCGACUUCCCGAUGGCCCUGCGCCACGCCUGAAGUGCCUGCCCCGCGGCUCCAGAAGGAGAUGCAGAGACCCUAGAGAUUGAGCCCCAUCUGGCGCCCCAAGACCGGACAGAGCAGCCUCAUGGCGGAGCAGCUGGCCCUGGUGAUUGGGGGCAUCCUUGGGGGCCUGCUUCUACUGCUGUUGACUGGUGUGAGUUGCUGUCUGUGGAGGAGGUUUUGUGCCACCUUCACCUAUGAGGAGCUGCCAGAGACACCAGCCACCGCCAUCAGCGCUGCCUCCAGCAGACAGGGGGACAAGCGCUGUCAGCUACAUUCCAGGACCCAGCUGAGCAGGCCAUCAGGUGUGCCAUUCAUGGUGCCCCCUUCCUUCCAAGGCCGAGACUGGGUACCCCUGCAUAACAAAGAGCUGUCCCGGGCCCCACAGGACCCCUGUCUAGCCCCAGAGCUCCUGCCUCAUACCUCCAGUGGCAAUCUUGCCAGACCUUCAAGCCAUUCUGUUGUAGGAGAUGCAGGUGUGGUGGGGACCAUCAACCCAGAGUUGUACAAGUUUCCAGAGGACACAAGUGAAACUCAUUUCCCUGACGGCUGCCUGGGCCGGCUGUGGUUCUCUGUGGAAUACCAGCAGGAGACUGAGCAGCUGCUGGUGGGCCUGAUCAAGGCACGGUUGCUGCAAGCACCCUCUGAGACCUGCAGCCUCCUGGUGAAGCUCCACCUACUGCCUGAUGAGCGGCGCUUCCUCCAGUCCAAGACCAAACGCAAAACCUCCAGCCCACAGUUUGAUGAACACUUCAUCUUCCAGGUAUCCUGCAAGAGUGUGACCCAGAGGGUGCUGAAGUUUUCAGUGUACCAUGUGAACAGACAGAGGAAGCACCAACUCCUGGGACAGGUGUUGUUCCCGCUGAAGAAUGAGACCCUAGCAGGUGACUGCCACCAUGUCUUCUGGAGAGACCUAGAGGCUGAGAGCCUGGAGCCUCCCUCAGAGUUUGGCGACCUUCAGUUCUGCCUCAGCUACAAUGACUACCUGAACCGCCUGACUGUGGUCGUGCUUCGUGCCAAAGGCCUCCAGCUCCAGGAAGACAGAAGUGUUGUCAGUGUGUUUGUCAAAGUGUCCCUGAUGAACCAAAACAAGUUUGUCAAGUCCAAGAAGACUUCAGCUGUGCUGGGUUCCGUCAACCCUGUGUACAAUGAGACCUUCAGCUUCAAGGCCGAUGCCACCGAGCUGGACACCGCCAGCCUCAGCCUGACAGUGCUGCAGAGCACUGAAGGGGACAGGAGCCACCCUCUGGGUCGUGUGGUGGUGGGACCCUACAUGUACACACGUGGUAGAGAGCUGGAGCACUGGGACGAGAUGCUCAGCAAGCCCAAGGAGCUGGUGAAACGAUGGCAUGCACUCUGUGGCCCCACUGAGCCCUGACCCAGCACCCAGAACUGCAGUUCUGCUUCAGAAGCUCACUGACCGCACAGUCAUAUGCAGCAGCCACAAGCAAGGACAUUUCAUCCAGUGUCUCACUGGGCCAGCAUGAACCAGGGGUACCUGAAUGCUGAUAGGCAGGAGAAAAGAGGGAACAAGGAAGCUCUGCCCCAGUCAGCAGUUGUGGCCAGGAGCGCUGCCCCCCACCCCCGCAACUCACUCCACCCUUCUUUAGCUGUGGGGCUGUGUGGGCCUGGAAUCUAGACUCCUGGUCAUCACAGUCAUGAUGUGAUAUCAGGUGUCAGGUGUUCAGAAGAAAUAUUCUAUUUAGGGAUGGCAUAUCUGAUUGGAAGUACAGGGUGAACUUAGGUCCCAUCAUCUCGAUGGCUUCCCAUAGCCUGGUAUGUCUCAAAUUCUCAUGGCA